UUCAACAUGGCUGAUGCUAGUUCUGCUGAAGCAGAGAGCAGUAAGAAAUGCCCAGACACAGGUCAACCAAUAGCGGAAAGUACCAGUGAAUCUGAAGUUUCUUCUGUAUCAGGUGACGGUGUAAGUAGUUCCUGCCACUCCCCCAAGCCCAAUCCCUUUCAGCCGGUGAAAGCUGCCAAAUUUGUUCCUACAAUCAGUUCCCCAAGUCUUAAUCCAUUUGGCAUGCGUCCAUCAUUAAGACAGGACAUAGUGUCCACGUCCAACAACAGUUUCACGAUGAGUGCCAACAACGCCAAAUUUGUACUCCGCCCCUCCGCACUUUCACCACACCCACAGAACAACAGAUCAGAAGUAUCUUCUGGUCAGACAACUGUCUCAUCUCUGCUAAAGCCAGCCAAACUACCUGAUCCAACAAAGGCCUUAGGGAAAGAUCAAGAAGAGGUUGAGAAGGAGAACGAGGCAAGCUCAGCCGACGCUCCUGUCCCGGUAAUGAAGCUGUUUGGAGUGGGAGUUGGAGCCGGCUCCGAGGAGGCCUCGUCUGAUAGCAAGGGAGAUAAUCUAUUCCAGGCUGCACUCAAGGAACACACUGAUGGUCAAAAGACAGUUGACAGCAGUAGCAGCCCUGGGAAAGUGGGCAGUAACACUGAUGCGGGUGAAAAUAUACUGGGGGAAAACCUCACUGAAAAAGUCACGGGUGUUCACACAUCGCCAAAAGGACAUGUGAGCAGUUCAGGCUUUGUGUUUGGGGAAAAUCUAGCAGAACGGGUGCAAUUCAAGGAGGGAGACUCCGGGGACGAUGCAUCUGAAGAAAAGAACGGAGUAUCUUCUCCAGAUUCCACUAACACUGUGGAACAGUCAAAUUCUGAUCAUAAUAAGACAUUAGAAGAGUCAGCGCGAGAGUACCAGUUGACACAUGGGCGCAAAACUGAGCUACAGAAGGUUGAAGUGGUCACUGGGGAAGAAAAUGAAUCCAAUGUUAUACAGACAAAUGGUAAGCUGUUUGUAUUUGAUGGUGACGAUCAAAACUGGAUAGAGCGGGGCACUGGUUUACUGCGGCUUAAUGACAUGAGAUGUGAAUCCUCCAAUACCUUCCAGUCUCGAUUGUUGAUGCGCACUCAGGGUAGUCUCCGACUGAUACUGAAUACGAAAAUCUGGCCAGCCAUGACGGUGGAUCGGGCGAGCCAGAAAAGUGUGAGAAUUACUGGCACUGAUGGUGAUGGUGGCAGAAAAGUCUUUCUUAUUGUGACCAAUCCCAAGGACACAGAAAACCUUUUGCGAGCCCUGGACUGGAGGGUGCAGCAGCUCAGGGUCCAGGAGGAAAAGCUUCAAGCCUCCCAUGGCACAGAGAAACGCAAGGCCGAGCCAGAAUCUCCAACAGAUGAAACCUCACUCAAGAAAAUCAAGAAGUCAGGUGAGGAAGACUGCCCUCCCCGGGUAAGAGAGGAAUCUGACAGCAGUGUGGUCGACCCAGAAACUGAAGUGUCUUCUGAGAGUCAAGCUUCCUCGUUUACACUACGGACAGACUCUGAUUGAUCAAACUUCAGUUUAGGUUCUUGACGUUUCCUCCACUAAAGACAAGUCCAGUAUUCCAUUGUAUGGACCUCAUGCUCUUGAAGCCAAACAGUAUGACAAUUGGAAAGGCUUAUCAGUCAGAUAUAACUGUGAUCUUGCCAUUGGACACAAAAUCAUUGGCUUGAGUUCCUCGAUUCUGAUUGGUCACUGAUGUUUACUGAGCUUUAUCUCGAAGUUCAUUGGUUCAUUUGAAACAGUAUCUAAGAAUGUAUUCUGACGGUGAUAAACUGUUUAUGCACCUGUAUGUUUCUCUUUAUCUAAUAAAGUGCUAAUAUUUGAUUCCAAUGAGUCAAUGUUUUCCUAUAAACCAGUAAUUAAUAUAUAUCAAUAUGUUUUUACAUAUUAUUUUUUUUGAAAUUGCCUAAUAACAGCCAAAUAUCCGCUGAUUAUAAAGAUGACACUCAUUUGUUUAUAAGACAUAUGUACUAGUGUUCACCCGUGGGUGAAGGCUGUCAUAAAACAUAUAAAUUGUCAUUUGAGAUAAAGUAUAAGUUUAAACAAAAAUUUGAAAUCAAAGACAAAUUGUUUUCUUCAAAAUGAGAUUUAAUUCAGGAUCAUUGCAUUUUAACUUUGUGGUAUACUUAUUGUAGUACAGUAGAACAGAUAGAUGUAGUUAGUGAUCUUGUGUGUUAUAAUUUAACAGGGCCCUCAAUCUGCCUAUUUGGGGGCUGAAAUAUGGCCCGAUUCCUUAAUACCCUCAUGAAAGUCAAAAUUCCCCCUCAGGACAGACAUUUUUAGAAAACUGUAAAUAACAGUCAUUUAAAAUCAUGUGGUAGUAAUUAGAUAUAUUUGUAUGUUAACCGUGAGAAAUAAUUUGGUUAAAAGGUAUCAAGAAGUACAGUUGUCAGAUUCAGUUCGAAAUUAUUUUUGUAAAUUUUCCAAUUUGUUUGAAAUUGCCUCAUCAAACGACUGGCCCCUUAUCCCCCAAAGAAGAGCGAGGGCUCUGUUUAAAGGUGAAAAUUGUACAUGAUUUAUAGGAUGUAUAUACGAGUUUUCUGUCGCCCAAUCAUGUUGACAAUGCUACUAUGUAGUUCUGACUGUGUUUGUGUUCAUUGUUUUGUUCCACAUACACAGGUUUAAGUGGUUUCACAAGUGAAAAUAUUCUCCUUUUUGAUGUGAUACAUGUAUAGUCGAUCUAUCUCAGAUUCUUAAGGGGUUUUCCCCACUAAGUAUGAUAUCUAAAUGUAAGUUUCAUUUAGUUACACAAAUCUGGUUUAUGCUGGCUGGUCAGGAUAGAUAGUUUAAAAUUGUCAUUACUUUUUUGAAGAAAAAAAACAAUGAUUGAAUAAAAAAGUUCUAUAUGAUCAGAUAUGAAAUAAAUUGUAAAUUUGUAAUAAUUUGGAUUAUAGUUCACCUAAUGUAUGAUUCAAACAUUUAUAUGUUAUAAUGAGCAUAUAAUGAAUAUAUUUCAGACUUUAGGGAAAUAUUUUUUGACUAACUGUUGUCAUGGCUAAAUUACAAUACUUAACAACUUUUUGCUAUAUUGAUACAUAUGUACAUGUUCUCUUAGGUGUAAUCAUGGCAUUACUAUCAGCAAAAGAGUUUUUCCAUUCAAGAACAUUGUUCUGUAUUAUGAUUUUUUUGUACCUAGUAUUUUGCGUUUAAUGUAUUACUCUUUCUUAUUGUUGAGAAGUCAUUGUUUGGUGAUUCUUUUGUAAGUGUUAACAAAAUUGAUGGUUUGUAAUAGUUCAUGGUUAUUAGUAUGUAUUUACCAAAAAAUGGCCCUGGAUUGUCGCCGACUCUUGGACCAUCUAUUUGGAUAACUCUUACUUAUAAGCUUUAACCAUUACAGAAUUCAUACUAAUACCCCGUUAACCAGUAUAAUGUUCGAGAUUAUAUUUUGUCUACCGGGUUAGCCACUUAUUAAACCUAUCAUUCACCUGGUUUUAAAAUUAGUAAUGGCCGACUGCUGAUAUACCAAAAUAAUGUACAGCACAUUGGAAAAAUACUGCCAUCACAUUGGGCAAAAUAUAAUAUCGAACACUAAAGGAAUUAAAGAAGUUCAUGUACAUGUUAGAUGGAAAGCCUGGUUUGUAAGUACUAAGUUUGAGUGUUAUAAACAUUUAUUCUCCACUUUUGUUCCAAAGAGUAUUCUAGGGGAGAUUUUGUACCUAGGUGUGAUUUUCAACUCAAGUACCGGUACCUGGCCUUUUUAUCAAGAAUCCUAGGAUUUAUAUCAUAACUUAGGAUAGAUUGUCAACACUGAUUCAGGGAUGAAAACAUUUGGAUAAAUCCUGAAGUCAGGAUACAUUUUUGCUGUGCAUUUGCAUUAAAAACAAUAAGAAAUACAUUGAAACAGUUAAAAUGACUCUGAAAACAGUUUAAGAGGGGUCAAAGCCCCUUAACCCCUAGUUGGGCUUGAAUCCCUCAUACUUAAGCUAAAUUUUUGGUCUGAAAACUACUGUUGGAAAUCUCUUUUUGGUACAAAAUCACCCCACAUUUCAUGAUGAAACAACCCAGCACUGUUUCAAAUCCCUCCUUCGUACAAAUACCGGUACGAUUAUUGAUGAAUAGUCCCUCAGGUAAACAGCUACCGCAAUCAGCUAUGCCAGGUCUGCACUGGUUUAAUUGUUAGACAGGUUCGCUCAAACUUUAAAUUUCAUAUAAAAUACAAGCUUUUUACCAUUUCUUCAGACACGUAUUGGUAGUAAGAAAUCAAACUUAUUCUUCCAAAAGUCUUAAUUUCAAUGGUAGAUAUUUCAAAUUGCAUAAUCUCUUGUUCAAUUGCAUCAUAUUAUAAAUACAGCAUCAUAAAUUAACUUGUAUCUCAUAGACAGGACAUGUUCCUCCCAUUCAAUUCUCAUGUCCGAAUUGAGGUUUGGAACCACAUUAUAAUAUUUUUUACAGGAUUUAUGUACACUUGACAAAUAAAGGAGAAUACAGGUGAUUUAUAUUAUGUGCAAUACAACACAUGAAUGACUUUUUUUAAUGUACAAGUGCUCUAUCACAUUAUGUUCCAGUUUUGUAUCAAAUAAAGUUAAUACAAUUUUCACUGUUUUAAUCAAUUGUUAAAAAGGCAUUUUAACACACAUGCUUUUAAGUGUGACAUUUAAGUGGAACAGAAUAUGUUUCUGAAUAAAAUGUUAAACAUU